UCAAAGCCUCUUAAAAUGGCAGAUGACUUGGACUUUAAGACAGGAGAUGCAGAGGCCUCAGCCACCUUCCCAAUGCAGUGCUCAGCAUUAUGUAAGAAUGGCUUUGUGGGCCAGGCGCACUUUGUGUUACUCAAAGGCCGGCCACGUAAGAUCAUCCAGAUGUCUACCUCGAUGACUGGCAAGCACGGCCAUGCCAAGGUCCACCUGGUUGGUACUGACAUCUUUACUGGGAAGAAAUAUGAAGAUAUCUGCCCAUCAACUCACAAAAUGGAUGUCCCCAACAUCAAAAGGAAUGACUUCCAGCUGAUUGGCAUCCAGGAUGGGCACCUAUCACUGCUCCAGGACAGCCGGGAGGUGCAAGAGGACCUUCGUCUGCAUGAGGGAGACCUUGGCAAGGAGAUCGAGCAGAAGUACGGCUGUGGAGAAGAGAUCCUGAUCAUGGUGCUGUCUGCCAUGACUGAGGAGGCAGCUGCUGCAAUCGAGGCUCCCAGGGUGGCGUUGGUGACAGCAGUGAUCCUCCCAAGAGGCCCCCUCCCCCAGCCUGGCUUGGCUCUGGCCUGGUCCUAG